CUCCCGGGAUGCGGCAGAAAUACAGCUAAGGGGUGCGGGUGCUGCUGGGGGGGGGGACGGCGGGCAGCCGAGGACGAGACUUUUGCAUCCUCUCGGAAAGACCGCGGGAGCGGGCUCCGUGCUGCAUCCCGGCUGGCACACAGGGAGGGCCAGCGCACCUUGCUGCGCUGCGCUGCGUGACCGGCUCUAUUUUCUUUCCUUCCUUCCUUCCCUCCCCCUUUCCUCCAGAAACUCGCCUUUUACGCCAAAAUGCAAGAAGCCCCGGAGAGCGGCAGCAGCGCCAGCGCCAGCAGCUCCUUCUCCAGCCACCCCGCUGCCAGCAUCAAGGAGGAGGACUGCAGCCCCGAGAAGGAGCGACCCCCCGAGGCCGAGUACAUCAACUCCCGCUGCGUCCUCUUCACCUACUUCCAGGGGGACAUCAGCGCCGUGGUGGACGAGCACUUCAGCCGGGCCCUCAGCCAGCCCAGCAGCUUCUCGCUCGGCAGCGCGAAGGCGGCGCGGAACGCCGGCUCCUGGCGCGAUGGCUCCUUCCCGAUGAGCCAGCGCAGCUUCCCGCCAUCCUUCUGGAACAGCACGUACCAGCCCUCCUCCGUCCCAGCCACCCUGAGCAGCCCCCUGGCAGCUGCUGCCCACAGCGAACUUCCCUUCGCCGCCGCCGACCCCUACGCGCCCCCCUCUCUGCACGGCCACCUGCACCAGGGUGGCCCUGAGCCCUGGCACCAUGCCCACCACCACCACCAUCACCACCACCACCCCUACAUCGGGACACAGAGCACUGCUUACCCCCGCCCUGCCACCAUGCACGAGGUCUAUGGACCCCACUUUGACCCCCGCUACAGCUCGCUCCUGGUGCCCACUGCCUCCGUCCGCCCCCACCGCCUCACCCCCGCCUCCGUGCCCACGCCGGUCAGCCCCCCCUGUGAAUUGGGUAAGAGCGAGGCGGGUACUGCCGCAGCCUGGACAACGCCAGGACCCUUCCCUAACGCGGCGGGAGACAUGGCACAGAGUCUCGGCCUCAAUGUGGACACAGGUUUGCAGCCUCAGGAUAAAAGCAAGGAUCUGUACUGGUUUUAGAGCUGUCCUUCACUCUUCUUCCCCUGGCUCUCCCCUGUAGAUCUCUGCCUGUUAGACAUGGUGGCAUUCAGAGCUGAAAUCGGGUCAGUUUGUAACAGCUUCUGAUCUUGGUUUGCAGCUCGCCGUUACUCCUUCUGUGGUGGAUCCCUUCUGAGCUGAUGUGCUGACUCAAAGACUCUCAGAGUCCCCCUUGCCCUUUUCCAAGCCCACCAUGGCCCUGCAGCUCGGGGAGAGACAACAGGACUUAAAAGGACCUGGCAUUGCAAGGACGAUACUUUAGACUUAUUUCGGAGAGGAAAAUCCUUCUGUUGCAAGAGGAGAGCCAAAGACUUUUAACUUCUAUUUAAGCAGACUCCACACCCAGAACUGCAGUCAGACUACUCUAAGAGAGUCAAAUGACAUCAUGGAUGGUGAUGUAAAACCACUGGCCUUCAUACAGGGAGCAGAGGAAAUCGUGGUGGGGUUUUUUUUAGUGGUGUGAAUAUUUUUUUAUGGCAGUGAAAAUUAUCUUUCAAAUGCAAACGUCGGAAAGCUACUUAGCAGUUUUGAACUGGAUUUUUACUUUACAUUCUAGAAAAGUAAAAGGAGAAGAAACUGGAACUCAUAAACAUUUUCGGACUAUCAAGGAACUGGUCAGAUUUUUCGGCUUUGUGGUUGUGAGUGGCAAGUGUCUGGCUGGGUCCACCUGCCCUGGGCUUACAGACAUGCAGCUGUUCCACGCACAACUGCUCAAACCCCAGAAAGACGAAAAACCAAGGUGGCACUUCUCAGAGUUUGGCACAACAUUUGCAUUGGAUAUAUAACGGUUGUUUGGUUGUGGUUUUUUUUUUUUUUUUUUUUUCUUUUUUUUACAAGAAACAUUUUCUGGUGAAAGUAAAACCCUCUUAAAGCAGGGGGAGGAAGGAAACCUGUGAAGAAUGGCUCGCCC